GUGAAAUCGGCUACAAGUGAAUCGACACUGUCGACAAAGGAACGCUUCUAUUUUUAACGACAAAAAACAGGAUUUUUAGCAAAUAGAAAUAUAUUCUUUUUCUUGUUUUUGCAGGAAUUGGACCCUAUAGUAUUCACCAUUUGAAAAAUGCUCGGAUUAAGUGCUGAAGAUGAUCACUUACCCAGAGUUGCGGAUUUUUACCAUAACAAGAGCGUCUUUAUUACAGGAUCAACAGGAUUUGUUGGAUCUCUUUUAUUGGAAACUCUGUUAAGAUGCUGCCCUGGAGUUAAAUACAUCUACAUACUUCUAAGAUCAAAGAAAAAUGUGACACCAGAGGAUAGAAAACAGCAAAUCUUUAGUAAAAAGAUUUUCGAUAACAUCAAAGAAGCGAAUCCGGAGCUAUUGAGCAAAGUUCACGUAAUAUCUGGAGACGUUGCUCUUCCGAAUUUAGGAAUGAGUGAAGAAGAUAUCCGCCUAUUACUUGAAGAGGUGUCUAUUGUAUUUCACUGUGCAGCUAAUGUAUCUUUCACGAAACCUUUGAAGUUUAUGUUUUUGAACGUUAUUUUACCUUUGAAUUGCAUAAUCAAAUUAUGCCGGCGGAUGAAAAAAUUUCAAGUUUUAGUAUACACAUCUACAGCAUAUAGUAAUUGCAAUCACUUAAAUAGUGUCUUAAAAGAAGAAGUUUAUAGACUACCUUUCCGAACAGAAAAAUUUCUUGAUGCGUUCAAAAAUGAAGAUAACGAAUUACUCGAUGAAUUGGUUGCCCACUGUAAACCAGACUGGCCGAAUACAUAUACCUUCUGCAAGUGCUUGGCUGAAAAUUUGAUCAUGGACACAGCUUCAGAUUUACCAAUCGCCAUCAUGCGUCCCUCUAUAAUCGUCGGUACUUUGAGAAAUCCAAUGCCUGCAAGUAGAAAAAUCAAAAAAAUUAUUAUUUUAUUUAAAUGUUGUCAUAAAUACAUCAAUUUCUUCCUUGUAGUACUGCUGGUUAUAGGCUUGUUGGCAAAGAUUUCAACAAAAACCAAAGAAAGAAGUUCAAUGGUGUGCAAAAGCAUGAUGUGGCUUGGCAAUUCAAAUCACUAAAAUGUGAAAUUGCAU